AUGAAGCAACUAGCUGACGCACUGAUCAUCACAGAGUCCACAGUUGCGGCUAAAAAGCUUUUCAAGAACAUCAUCAACAAUUAUCCGUCACUUGCACUGGCGCCUGUUCGAAAAUGGGCUGGCGUCGGAGCCCUAUGUUACGUACCAUCGAUUGUCAGGGAAACUCCAAUGGAUGAAUGGAAUGCAAAACAGCGCCAACAGGUGUCUUAUCUGAACUUGGAAUUGGUGCAUUCACUACGUUCCGUGGAUACAGCAUUUUCAACUGGUGAAAGUUCCGAAUAUGGUGUAUCGUGUGUCAAAUUUGGCAUGCUGUCUGAUGAGAAGGAUCUCACGGAUCUUGUUCACUUAGUUGCCAAGCGUGGGAAAGAAAUCGAGCACUCACAACAGUAUAUGGACAGUUUGGCUGAGAUGAUUCGCCGAGGAAUUGAAGCUGCUAAUGAAGAUUUAAAGCGAGAAAACGAUGCUCGACUCAUGCAGGAAGGUGUGAUGAGACAAAUUCCACUGAUGAGUUCGCUUGUGAAUUGGUUUUCGCCAUUGGAUAAAGAAGUACAGAAUAUCAAAGGCCGUUCGUUCGAUCUGAAGACAGGGGAAAUUCAAUCGACAGAAGUGUAUUAUAAGCACCGCUUGCUGAACCAGCCAGGUGGCGUCACUUCGCAAGAACCACACCAUACGGUGGGCAGGAUCUCAAGCGAGUCCUCGGAAAAGCAGGAAGCGCAAGCGCCUUCGAGACUAAUGCAAAAUGGCGAAGUUGAAGAGGGAGAGGAUCUCGACAGUUAG